CCGGCUAAAUCCAGUCACCACCCCUCCAAAUCACACCCUCUUCCCCUCCUCAGCCUUCCUCUCCCUCCGGUACCCGGUCACCACCUUCACUUCCAGUUGCAAUUUCUUUUGAUAGAUUCUGAAGACCAAUUAAGUAAACGAGCCUUAAUGCUAUAUGUUUACUCCAUAGUAAGGUAUAUAGCAGAAAAAUAUAGGGCUGUUAGUUACCUAUUCUCCUUAGAGCAACCAAAAUGGGCGGCGGCGGCGGCGGACUAAGCAAGCUAGGCACUGCACUCGCUACAAUUUUUGCAAUCUCACUGGUGGUGCUUUUCGCAGAACUCUUUUAUGUCCUAUGGCGCCGCCGUGUAUUCCGCCGUCAAACGAAUGCAGUCGGUGGUGGCGGUGGAGAUGAAGUCUCGCAGUAUUCUUCAUCGGAUUCCUCUUUCUCCUCCAUCGCAUCGUCCAAGGAGCUUCUGUAUUUUUUCUGCAUAAGACCGCAGUUUUGCUUCGAUCGCAAGUCAGAGACUGUUAAUGCUACGGCUAAUGAUCUCAGUUCCAAUCAGCAGUCCGAUAUGGAAGUGGUUGAUAUUGACCUGUUGAAGAUUCAGGGAAUGUUCGGACCUCCUCGGUUUUUGUUCACCAUCGCAGAAGAGGAGAGAGAAGACAUGGAAUCGCCUGCUGAGAAAUCUCUGCGUCCUGCUGCUGAAAAAGACGUGAAUAAGGAUACUGGUGAUUAUAAUAGAAGCAGGGUGAGCUUGGAGGAGUGUUUGAAAGCGGCAGAGGAGACGUCGACGGUGUCGGUGGAGAUUGAUGAUUGCGGCGUAGACGAUGCGACGCCGUAUUCGACACCUUGCGAUUCGCCGGUGUAUUUCACUCCCUCGGCUUCUCCAGUUCACGAGGUGGUUGGUCAUUGGUCGGUCACCGGAGGCAGGCAUGAUUAGUUCAACAUAAAAACGGCACCGUUGGCGAGGUCAGACGUGUGUACAUACUGGCAGUAGCAACCACCGUUGCGUUUAAUUUUCUCGUCUUUUUUCUUUAUGUGUAAUAUUAAGGAUUUGAUUAGUAUAAUUACAGCAUUUCAGUUUCUGAUUAGUAUUUAUAUAUUAUUUUGGAUGGAGCGUUCUCAACUAAUCUCAACUGUUGUGCCGAAUGCGGCCAUACAUAUUAGAUUAGAAGUUAGAAUAUAUAUGAGAAAUUGUUUAAGGGACUAAUAAGACUCUGGGGU